UUAUUUUAUUUUUGGAAUAUUGACUUCUUAGAGAGUAUUAACGCCAUUGCCAGCUCCUAUUCUCGUUUUCAGAGGCAAACGGAACGCGACCGACCUUGGAGAAUUUCAGUUUGAUAUCUGGUUUAAAAUCACCUAGUUUAGAGAAAAGGGAAAACUAAGCAGGGGCUUUACUUUCAGAAGCCGGAAUCAUCCAUCUCUGCUCUCUGCCUUUAGUUUUUGUAGCCUUUAACAGGUUUUUCUUCACAGACUUGUGUGUUUUCCCACAAACAAUUCGGAGAUGAGCGACCUCGCGCCGCGACAGCGCGCGGAGCCCGCGCACGGAGGCGGGGACUGUGGGAACGCGUCACUUUUGGCGCGCGCAUCCUCACGCGCCGUCGAGUUAAAGCUCGGUUCUCCUAAAACCUCGCUCCAGUUUUUGGCGCGGACGGCGCGCGGAAAGUUUCGUUGAAGAUGGAGGAUUUCGAUGGAGCGCUCACCGAGCAGGUUCGGCUGCACCGUCAUCUUUAUGAUCCAUCUUCAAGGGAGCACAGAGACUACGAAAUUAUCGGGAACUCAUGGAAAGAGAUUGCAGUGGCCCUCGGUAAAGACGAGUCGAUUUGUCGGAGGACAUGGAAGAACCUGCGUGAUCGGUUCGUGAAAGCUAAGAGGAAAACCAAGGGGAGUAGCGGCCACCCGGGCAGAAAAAAAGCAGCACCAGUAAUACUUCAAGAGCUGGAGUGGCUCUCGCAGUUCGUGACACACAGGGACGCAGAAACCAACACGGACAAAGAGGCUGAAGUCAAACAGCUGAGCAGCAAGGGGUUCAGACCACUCCAGGAAACUGCUUGCCUCCCUGCCAACCCGAAUAUGCAAGAAGUUGUGCUGAAGAGACUUCAGCAGAUUGCUCACGACAGGGACAGUGGAAUACAGCGAGGAAAUCCCUGUCAUCACUUUGGCGUCGUCGUGGCAGACAAGCUUAGUAGAAUUCACCCAGACCACAGGGACGAAGUAGAAAUGCAGAUAUCCCAGUUGUUGUUUGAUGCACUGAAGAAGUACCCACUAUAAACAAUUUAGCUUUCUGAUUAAAAAAAGAGAAGAUAAUCCCUAUGGGAGACAAAAAAAACGUAUCUAAUGAAAGCAAAAUGUCAACGCAUCAAUA